AUAAAGCCUCCCAGCGUAAGUCACGCUUCUGCUCCCCACAGAGGAAGGCUACUCUUUUGAGCGGUCCAAUUCCUCCCUCCAUAAAAUUAUGGAAACUCUUGGGCUUCAUCUCCCCAACUCUCUGCCCCUGUCCUCACUCAAUUCGCUGUGUCAGAGCGCAAAUUACUUGGCCAUCAGCAACCAUGGAAGGAGCUUUCUCAUAAAUCCUCAUAAGUUGAAGUCUGCUAUUAUAGUAAGGGCCGUUGCUGGGGAUGAAGAGGAGGAGGUGAAACAGGCGAAAGAGAUGGCUGCUGCUCGCAGGAGAUGGGAGACUCUGAUUAGGGAACAAAAGAUUAAGGUCCUAACACCAAAAGAAGCUGGUUAUGCCAUUCAACUUUCUAAUAAAAGUCUGCUUGACGUGCGCCCAUCAACUGAGUAUAACAAGGCGAAGGUUAAAGGCUCUGCUUGGGUGCCAAUUUUUGAUAUAGAAAAGUCAGCUGAUGUUGGAGCCCUUUCCAGAAGGACCACAAAUUUUGUAAUGGGAGGCUGGUGGAGUGGCAGUCCUACAUUAUCUUAUGACAAGAAUUUCAUAUCAAAGGUUGAGGAGAUGUUUCCAAAGGAUACUGAUCUAAUUGUCAUGUGCCAGAAAGGCCUGAGAUCUCUUGCUGCUUGUGAGCAACUCCACAAUGCCGGCUACAGAAACCUGUUCUGGGUACAAGGUGGUCUAGAAGCUGCUGAAGAAGAGGAUUUUCAACGUGAAGGUGCUCAACCCUUCAAGCUUGCAGGAAUUGGAGGAGUUUCUGAAUUCUUUGGUUGGACUGAUCAACAACGCGCUUUCGCUGCCAAAGAGGGAUGGGGAUAUAGAUUAGUGUUCACUGGUCGAUUGAUUGGAGCUAUCGUACUAGCUGACGCCUUGUUCUUUGGAGCUCAGCAAUUUGGUCCGCUGUUACGAGAACUGAGGUCUCACUGAGCAAUAUUCAAUCUUGCUUCUGAACGGGUUUAUCAGAAUGGUGACUACCAGAGGAUGUCAGGGAAAACCGAUCAGUAAAUAGCAUCAGAAGGAUUCAUGGGUUGGCGUUUGGAGGUAUUGUACCCGUGAUCUACGACUGUUGAAGGCUUCCAUCAUCAAGAUAUUUUACCCUGGGGAAUUGUUGGAUUCGUGACAUACAACGCAGCGGAAAAAACAUAU